AUGAAAAAGAGAUCUCCCUCCACCAAUCCGCUCAGUCCAGACGCCGACAAAAUUGAGCAAGAAGAGAAGAUCUACGAGAGAUACAGAACCGAACAACUCACCCCCGCCAAACGACUCCCCUUUCCCGAACUGAGACGACGUACACCCCAAUCCACACAAAUACCAACCAUUUCGGCUCAAGUCUACGACAUGAACCAAACUUCUUCUUCUUCUUCCUUCUUCCCCACGACCACGCCGUCGCAGCAACAGCUCCUGCAAACUCCGCCUCCGCAUCGACUUACUCGCAGAGCACCCACAUCACAGCUUGCUUAUUCAUUCUCCUCCCCAUCAGUAGCAGCUGCAGCUCGUAGUCGCGGAUACACAGGAAACGAAGCAGAUCAAGUUGGAGACGAAGGGGAACAGGAUGGUAACGAUGAGAUGGAAACCUAUCAACAAGCUCUCGAUAAAAUGAUAGACAACUUGCAGCAGGAUCAAACUUCAUCCGAAUGCAAUCGCCACACGAUUGCUUUUGACCCAAGCUUUUGUCAUGAGAAUAACGAUAAUGAAACCAUCACGAUGCGCAGUCAACAACUUCGGCCGGCGAAGAAAUUGAGGUGGUCGACACAGGAUCAGGAUCACGAUCGACCAAGCAGUCAGUAG